ACCUGACGUACAUCGUUCAAAACGUGCCCAGUGUUUCCCUCCGCGUGCACUGAGUGCCGCGCAGGCGCAAAGGGCCCGGUGCUGGAGGUGCUGUCAUGGCCUGCUUCAACCCGGUGUCUAAACUCUACAGAUCUGUAAUUGAAGAUGUAAUUGAAGGAGUUCGGAAUCUAUUUGCUGAAGAAGGUAUAGAGGAACAAGUUUUAAAAGACUUGAAGCAGCUCUGGGAAACCAAGGUUUUGCAGUCUAAAGCAACAGAAGACUUCUUCAGAAAUAGCAUCCAGUCACCUCUGUUUACUCUUCAGUUGCCACACAGCUUGCACCAAACAUUGCAAUCGGCAACAGCAUCAUUAGUUAUUCCUGCUGGUAGAACUCUUCCAAGUUUUACUACAGCAGAACUGGGUACUUCAAACUCCAGUGCAAACUUUACUUUUCCUGGUUAUCCCAUUCAUGUACCAGCAGGUGUGACACUACAGACUGUAUCUGGUCACCUUUAUAAAGUCAAUGUACCAAUUAUGGUGACACAGACUUCUGGAAGAGCAGGUAUUCUUCAACAUCCAAUUCAGCAAGUAUUUCAACAGCUUGGCCAGCCUUCAGUAAUACAAACUAGUGUUCCACAAUUAAAUCCAUGCUCUCUUCAAGCAACUACUGAAAAAUCACAGAGAAUUGAAACUGUGCUACAGCAACCCACAGUUCUACCUUCUGGGCCAGUAGAUAGGAAACACUUAGAAAAUGCCACCAGUGAUAUACUUGUAUCUCCUGGAAAUGAGCAUAAAAUCGUGCCUGAAGCUUUGUUACGUCAUCAGGAAAGUUCUCAGUAUGUCAAUCUUCCAGGUGUUGUAUUUUCUCCACAGGUCUCUCAAACAAAUCCUAAUGUGGAGUCAGUGCUCAGUGGUUCAGCUAGCAUGACUCAAAAUCUGCAUGAUGAGUCCCUCUCCACAAGCCCUCAUGGGGCUCUCCACCAGCACGUGACUGAUAUUCAGCUUCAUAUUCUUAAAAAUGGGAUGUAUGGAUGUGAAUCUGUAAAGCAACCAAGAAAUACAGAGGAACCCAGCAACAUACCUGUAUCAGAGAAGGAUUCUAAUUCACGGGUAGAUUUAAGCAUUCGGGUUACUGAUGAUGAUACUGGUGAAAUAAUUCAAGUCGAUGGAACCGGUGAUACAUCUUCCAAUGAAGAAAUAGGAAGUGCAAGAGAUGUAGAUGAGAAUGAAUUUCUAGGGGUUAUUGAUGCAGGAGAUCUGAAGGUACUUGAAGAAGAAGCUGACAGUAUUUCAAAUGAGGAUUCAGCCACAAACAGUAGCGAUAAUGAAGAUCCUCAAGUAGACAUUGUAGAAGAGGACCCUUUAAAUUCUGGAGAUGAUGUUAGUGAACAGGAUGUGCCAGACCUGUUUGACACGGAUAAUGUAAUUGUCUGUCAGUAUGAUAAGAUUCAUCGAAGCAAGAACAAAUGGAAAUUCUAUUUGAAAGAUGGUGUUAUGUGUUUUGGAGGGAGAGACUAUGUAUUUGCAAAAGCCAUUGGUGAUGCAGAGUGGUAAACCUUGUGAGCUCAGUACAGCUAUUUUGUGAACAUCAGUUGGACUAUAUUGCAUAUUGUGAAAUUCAUUUUUAUUUUAAAUAUAGUCCAGCAGAGAGCUGUUCAAAUUUGUAGUUCACUGUAUGGAAUUUAAUAAAAUUAUAAUUCAGAUGCAGAUACAAAUACACAA